AUGCUGAAGCCCGGCGACGCCGGCGGAUCCGCUUUCCUGAAGGUGGAUCCCGCCUACCUGCAGCACUGGCAGCAGCUUUUCCCGCAGAGCAGCCAGCUCAAAAGCAGCGGGGCUCUCGUUCAGCUUCAACCGCCCGAGAGAACCGAGCCCUCAGCUGACAGCCUCCGCCAGCGUCCGGCCUCUCACUCCUCCGCCUCCUCCUCUUCUUCCUCGUCCACUCUGUCUUCCUCCUCCAUCUCCUCCUGCGUUGCCGCGGAGGCCGCUUCCCUGGCCGGCCUGACCUCGCUGCCUGUAACACAGCUCCCAGUCUUCGGGCCUCUGCAGAGCUCCGAGCUCCCGGCCGGGGGAGCGCCCGCUCCCCUGCAGGGCAAGGACGUGUGUGGGGCCGGCAGCGGCGGCAGCAAAUGCGGCGAGCGGACUGCAGUCCGGUUCCGGUGCACGGCCGAGGAGCUGGACUACUACCUGUACGGGCAGCAGCGCAUGGAGAUCAUCCCCUUGAAUCAGCACACCAGUGACCCCAACAACCGAUGUGACAUGUGUGCUGAUAACCGCAACGGCGAGUGCCCCAUGCACGGGCCCCUGCACUCCCUGCGGCGCCUGGUGGGCACCAGCAGCGCUGCUGCAGCAGCCCCUCCACCGGAGAUCCCGGAGUGGCUCCGGGACCUGCCUCGGGAGGUGUGCCUGUGCACCAGCACUGUGCCUGGCCUGGCCUACGGCAUCUGUGCGGCUCAGCGGAUCCAGCAAGGCACUUGGAUUGGGCCUUUCCAGGGAGUCCUGCUCUUGCCAGAGAAGGUUCAAGCAGGUUCAAUCAGGAACACUCAGCAUCUCUGGGAAAUAUAUGAUCAAGAUGGAACACUACAGCACUUUAUUGAUGGUGGGGAACCCAGUAAGUCAAGCUGGAUGAGGUAUAUCCGAUGUGCAAGGCACUGCGGGGAGCAGAAUUUAACAGUUGUUCAGUACAGGUCAAAUAUAUUCUACCGGGCUUGUAUAGAUAUUCCCAGGGGCACUGAGCUGUUGGUUUGGUACAAUGACAGCUACACAUCUUUCUUUGGAAUCCCUCUCCAGUGCAUUGCACAAGAUGAAAAUUUGAAUGUCCCUUCGACUGUAAUGGAGGCCAUGUCCAGACAAGACACCCUACAGCCAUUUAAUAAAAGUAGCAAACUAUCCCCUGCUACUCUACAGCGAUCCAUAGUAUUUCCACAGACUCCGUGUAGCAGAAAUUUUUCUCUCCUGGAUAAGUCUGGGUCCAUCGAGUCAGGAUUUAACCAGAUCAGUGUCAAAAACCAACGAGUUCUUGCAAGCCCAACUUCAACAAGCCAACUAAAUUCUGAGUUCAGUGACUGGCAUCUUUGGAAAUGUGGGCAAUGCUUUAAGACUUUCACCCAGCGGAUCCUCUUACAGAUGCAUGUGUGUACACAGAACCCUGACAGGCCCUACCAGUGUGGUCACUGCUCCCAGUCCUUCUCCCAGCCUUCAGAGCUGAGGAACCACGUAGUUACGCACUCCAGUGACAGACCUUUCAAGUGUGGUUACUGUGGUCGUGCCUUUGCUGGUGCCACAACACUCAACAAUCACAUCCGGACACACACUGGGGAAAAGCCCUUCAAGUGCGAGAGGUGUGAGAGGAGCUUCACACAAGCCACGCAGCUGAGUCGACACCAGAGGAUGCCCAAUGAGUGCAAGCCAAUAACAGAGAGCACAGAAUCAAUUGAAGUGGAUUAA